CUCCCGAUGAACAUCCCCCCAAUCAACGCCCUAGAGAGGUACUUUUGUUUAUUCUAUUUGUCUUUAAUGUUUUCUUUAUUAUUGACAGGCAAUCAACCAAAGCUGAAGCUUCCGGGGUGCGAUUUGACUCUCAACCAAAGAAACGGCGGCGCUGUCACCUUACCAAGUUUCCCCCCUUUUUUGGGGGGGCAAUCUAGACUGGCAGCCAAUUCCUCACUAAGAAUGGCUUCCUGGUCGAUCUGCCGGACUAAACAGAUAGAUACUUGCUGGUCGGGAUCGAGAUGGAGACGAUGGGCCGCCAUAGGGUCAAUCCAUUUAUCUACCACAAGUAGAAUGUUAGAAUAGGUAUAGCUUCCCCAAGUCAAGCACAUCACCAGUACAAAACUUCAUUCAUG